CUAAAGGCCUUCGAUGAUGAAAUCAAUGCUUUUUUGGAUUAUAUGUUUGGGCCUCGAGAUUCCCGAGUCAGAGGGUGGUUCAUGUUGGACUCAUACCUGCCUACCUUUGUUCUUACUGUCAUAUAUUUGCUUUCAAUAUGGCUGGGUAACAAAUACAUGAAGAACAGACCUGCUUUUUCUCUCAGGGGAAUCCUCACCUUGUAUAAUCUUGGAAUCACACUUCUCUCCGCCUACAUGUUAGUAGAGCUCAUUCUCUCCAGUUGGGAAGGAGGCUACAACUUACAGUGUCAAGAUCUCACCAGCGCUGGGGAAGGCGAUAUCAGGGUAGCCAAGGUGCUAUGGUGGUACUACUUCUCCAAAUUAGUAGAGUUCCUGGACACAAUUUUCUUUGUUUUGCGAAAAAAGACAAAUCAGAUCACUUUCCUUCAUGUCUACCAUCAUGCCUCCAUGUUUAACAUCUGGUGGUGUGUCUUGAACUGGAUACCCUGUGGACAGAGUUUCUUUGGACCAACACUGAACAGCUUUAUCCACAUUCUAAUGUACUCCUAUUAUGGACUCUCUGUGUUUCCAUCCAUGCACAAGUACCUUUGGUGGAAGAAAUACCUCACACAGGCUCAGCUGGUGCAGUUCCUGCUCACCAUCACCCACACGCUGAGUGCCGUCGUGAAGCCCUGUGGCUUCCCCUUUGGUUGCCUCAUCUUCCAGUCCUCCUAUAUGAUGACACUAGUUGUCCUGUUCUUAAAUUUUUAUGUUCAGACAUACCGAAAAAAGCCAAUGAAAAAAGACAUGCAAGAGCUGCCUGCAGGAAAAGUCAGAAAUGGUUUUUCCAAAGCCUGCUUCGCUGAAGUGAAUGGAGUGAUAAGCAAGAAAGCCCAAUGA